AGCGUGUACAGUGUUGUUGUUGUUUUUCCUGCCAACGUUUCCGCUGCCACCGUGUACCGAGCUGACAGCAGCCGGUGUGACAGCAUGGAUAACACACACACACUCCCGCCGCUCUAUAUAAACACACAUCCUCACACACACUCCGACACACACACGCACACACCGACAGACAGAGACAGCGCGAGACGUUCACCACGAGAGAGAACUUUGUACCGCAAACAUGGGAGUCAUCAUCUCGAGCAUCAUCUCCAGGUUUACCUCUAGGAUACCUGUCCGGAUAUUAAUGGUGGGUCUGGAUGCAGCAGGUAAAACCACUCUGCUGUACAAACUGAAGCUGGCUGAGGUCGUCACCACCAUCCCAACUAUCGGUUUUAAUGUGGAGACGGUGGAGUAUAAGAACAUCAGUUUCACAGUUUGGGAUGUUGGUGGUCAGACGAUCAUCAGGCCUCUGUGGAGACAUUACUUUGUGAACACACAGGGUCUGAUAUUUGUUGUCGACAGUAACGACCCCGAGAGGAUUAAAGAAGCUGCUGACGAGCUGCACAAGAUGCUGGAGGAGGACGAGCUGAGGGGCGUGGCCUUGCUGGUGUUUGCUAACAAACAGGAUUUGCCGAGAGCCAUGUCGGUCAGUGACAUCACGGAGGCUCUCAGCCUAUCAGCCGUCUCACAGCCGUGGUUCGUCCAGGCGUCGUGUGCCGUCAGCGGUACAGGUCUGGCCGAGGGUCUGGACUGGCUCUCCAACCAGAUCCAGUGAUGUGACGCUGCGGUGUUCUUCAGGUGGGCUGCUAUGACCUGAGCCGAGGAGGUACACCCAGGAGAAACCAGAAGGAACCACUUGUAGCUUUUUAACAAGUGUAACAGGCUCUAGAAUAACGUAUUAUUGCCUUAUGAUAAAUAUAUUGAUUGCACUGGGGAGAUAUAAUUAUUGCACAACAAUCACAAUAGAAUAAAUUUAAGUAAUGCACAAGAAUGUAUUUAUUAUAUCCAUAUGGAUUAAUGUUGAUUUAUGUAUUGCACUAAAUGAAAUAUAAUAAUUGCACUAGAAAAAAUACAAGCCAAGCCAGUAUGUCCUCCUUCUAACUUUAGAUUCUGGUCCUGAAUGCUCUGGAUUUGUUUGGGCCAGAGAAGGUA